AUGGAGGGGCCUCAGAGCUCCACCCAAGGCCCCUUGGUGCUGCUGCUGCUGCUGCUAGGCCCAGCUUGGCACACGGCCGCUCGCCGCUGCCCACAGAGCUGCGUCUGUGACAACUCCAGGAGGCACGUGGCCUGCCGGCGCCAGAACCUCACGGAGGUGCCCAGUACCAUCCCGGAGCUGACCCAGAGGCUGGACCUCCAGGGCAACAUGCUGAAGGUGAUUCCUCCAGCUGCCUUCCAGGACCUGCCUCACCUCACGCACCUGGACCUGCGGCACUGCGGGGUGGAGCUGGUGGCCGAAGGCGCCUUCCGAGGCCUGGGCCGCCUGCUCCUCCUCAACCUGGCCUCCAACCGCCUGAGCUCGCUGCCCCAGGAAGCCCUGGACGGGCUGGGCUCGCUGAGGCGGCUGGAGCUGGAGGGAAACUUGCUGGAGGAGCUGCGGCCGGGGACGUUUGGGGCCCUGGGCGCGCUGGCCACGCUCAACCUGGCCCACAACGCCCUGGUCUACCUGCCCGCCAUGGCCUUCCAGGGGCUGCUGCGCAUGCGCUGGCUGCGGCUGUCGCACAACGCGCUGACCCGAGGCUUCCCCGACGGCACUGAGCUCCUGGACCUGCGGCAGAACCACUUCCCCUCGGUGCCCCGCGCCGCCUUCCCCGGCCUGCACCACCUGCUGUCGCUGCACCUGCAGCACUGCGGCGUGGCCGAGCUGCAGGCCGGGGCUUUGGCGGGCCUCGAUCGUCUGCUCUACCUCUACCUCUCCGACAACCAGCUCUCGGGGCUUAGUGCGGCGGCCCUUGAAGGGGCCCCCCGCCUCGGCUACCUGUACUUGGAGCGCAAUCGCUUCCAGCAGGUGCCAGGGGCCGCCCUGAGCGCCCUGCCCAACCUCUUCUCCCUGCACCUGCAGGACAACGUGGUGGACCGCCUCGCCCCUGGAGACCUGGCCGCGGCUCGAGCCCUGCGCUGGCUCCACCUGAGUGGAAAUCGCAUCACCCAAGUGGCUCCUGGGGCGCUAGGGCCGGCUCGGGAGCUGGAGAAGCUGUAUCUCGAUGGGAACCAGCUGCGAGAGGUGCCCACUCGGGCCUUGGAGGGGCUGCCUGCCCUCCUGGAGCUGCAGCUGUCAGGGAACCCACUCAGGGCCCUGCAAGAUGGCGCCUUCGAGCCUCUGGGCAGGUCCCUGCAGCACCUCUUUCUCAACAGCAGUGGCCUGGAGCAGAUAUCUCCAAGGGCCUUCUCCGGCCUGGGUCCAGGGCUCCAGAGCCUGUACCUGCAGAAGAACCAACUUCGAGUCCUGCCUGCCCUGCCCAAUCUCAGCCAGCUGGAGCUCAUUGACCUCAGCGGAAAUCCCCUCCAUUGCGACUGCCAGCUGCUCCCCCUGCACAGGUGGCUCACUGGGCUGAACCUGCGGGUAGGGGCUACUUGUGCCACUCCACCCAGUGUUCGUGGCCAGAGGGUGAAGGCUGCAGCCGCUGUGUUCGAAGCCUGCCCAGGCUGGACUGCCAGGAAGGCCAAGCGGACACCAGCCUCUAGAUCCAGUGCCAGGAGAACCGGCAUCAAGAGAAGACACUGA